AUGCGUUCAGUCAACAUUAUCGUGUGCAUUGCUUCCAUCCUUCGUCGGACGCACGGCGAGACUCUUGCGACGGCUGGACUCUAUGGCAUGGGAGGCGAAAUGUCGAGUCCUCUCACCGAUGUCACAAUGAAAGUUGACAAAUCGCUUGCGGAGGCUCUGGUCGAUACGCUCCCGCACAUCUUCAGACGCGAAUUUCCUACCAGCAUAAUGGCGGAAAGAGAUUCGUUUGUGGACAGCGUCUUACGAAGCUGUACCGAACAAAUACAUGAGUGGCUUAAAGAAGCAGACAUCACUGAUGAUGCUCUUUUAGCGGCAUUUAAACUAAGAGACAAGCCACCGUCUGGUUAUGAGAAAUUUGUCGCGGGCUAUAAAUCCGUUUUAAGUCCAUAG